CAAAAUGGAGAAAAAACCGGCUUGGUCACAUGACUUGAGUUCAAGGUUAUAAACCGGAAGUUGUCAUCUGCUACGAGUACUUGUUCAACUCGUCUCUCUAUCAAAUUUUGGCAUGAUUCUUAUUUUAAUGGGAGUAUGUGGUUCUGGAAAGACUGUAGUUGGAGAGGCAUUAGCAAAAGAGCUGAAUAUUGUUUUUCGUGAUGCAGAUGAAUUUCACUCUGUAGAAAAUAAAAACAAGAUGGCACAGAGUAUCCCCUUAACAGAUGGGGACAGGCUGCCAUGGUUACAAGCUAUAAACAAGUAUAUUUUACAGAGGAUAGAAACAGGAUCCUCAGGCAUUUUAACUUGUUCUGCACUGAAGAAGCAAUAUCGACAGAUUCUCUUAUAUAAUUGCACAGAUUACUGUAAAAAUGACUGUAGCGCAGUUAAAAUCGUCUAUUUAAAGGGUAGUGAGGAAUGUAUCCAACAAAGAUAGAAAAGAACUGGUCAUUUCAUGCCACCAGCUUUACUGAAGUCUCAGUUUUCCACAUUGGAAGAACCAACAUCUGAUGAAACGUUAUGUGUUACUGUUGAAAUUGAUGGAAAAUCUGUAUCAGAGAUAGUAAAAAACAUUUUAGGGGUAUUAUAAUAAUGAGCAGACUUUGGAUUCAUUAUCAUUUUAGUGAAUUUUACCAUGAAUUUAAUUGCUCAACACAAUACAAUUUCUUUUAUAUGAUUGUAUACAGAUUAUGUUUAACCUAUGAAAUCCAGUUUCCUCAAUCAACAAAAAUUGGUGCCAACCAAAAUAAAUAAAAGAAUCAACAGUUAUAGUGCACCAACUUUCUUAAAUAUUCAUCUUAAUAUAUUGCCAUUUAAAUUCUAUCAGGAUAUCUGACAUUCAUAUCUGAAAAAUCACAAAAGCACAAAAAUCUGACAACAUAUCUAUGUUAAAUUUCCAGUCAGAGAGAUAUUGCACAAAAAUCUGACAAAAUAUCUAUGUAAAAUUUCCUGUCAGAGAGAUAUUGCAUUUGUCAUUUUCUAGAUUGAUUAUUCAGGUAUUAAUACCUUGGUGCCCAUGUACUUUUAUUUUUUUGUGUGCAUUUUAUGCAAAAAAAUAGAAUUGAGAUAAAUUGUUAAUAGCAAAAAUGUUCAGCAAAAUGAGAACUACAAAUAAAUCAACAUAACUGAAAUAUCAAUUGACCCCUUAUAUGAGUUAUUGCCCUUGAAAUUUGGUUUUAACCCAUUUUAUGCUUUUUUGCAGAAACCAUAAUAGAGAGAAAUUUUAAAUAUCUAAGAUGUUCAGCACAAUGAGAUCUACAAAUAAGUCAACAAGGCCUAAAUGGUCACUGACCCCAUAUAGAAGUUAUUGCCCCUGAAUAAAUGUUUUUGCACACUUUAUGAAUAUCUUACAGAAACUAUACAAAUAGAUAAAGACAAACAGAAAAUAGCAAAAAAAUUUCUGCACACAAAUUUAGAAAUAAGUUAAAAUGGCCAAAAUUGUCAAUCGACCCUUGUAGGAGCUAUUUCCCCUGAAUGAUGAUUUAAGUUAUUUGAUGAUAUUUGUAAAAAGAAAACAUAUAGUAGAAAUAGAGAAAAUAGCAAAAUUGCCAGACUCCUUAUAGAAAUUAAUGCCCUUAAAUGACGAUUUUUUACUAUUUUUUUUUUAAUUUUGCCAAAUUUAAAGGUCUAGAAAACUUAAUAGAGAUUUAUAAACUGUAAACAGUAAAAAUUAGAAUCAAUAAACGUAUUUACACUUUUGGUAUUUAGCUAUAUUUUGCCUCCGAAUGACCUUAGAUCUACUCCGAAUCACCUUUUGACGUCAGGCAACAAUCACUUUUUAAUUGUGACGUCAAAUGUUUUGAAUUGUGAUGUCAAAGUUUACGGGAACCUGUGUGAUUUUACGUAAUGGCGGACAAAUUUGCAUACAAAUGUAAAUACGUCUAUACAAGAUCUACAAAAAUAUCCCAAAACAUAAUUGAUUGCAACAAAGCCUGAAAGGUAAAAAUAAAAUAUCAAAAUGUCAUAAAUUUACAAGGUGAGCAAUUUCGGGCUCUUGGUAGCCUCUUGUUAAAUUUAUUAAUUGUUUUAUUUCAAUACAUUAUGCAUGAAGUGUAUAUGUAUUUUUGUGCAAUAUCAGAUGUCAUAACAUGUAUUUUAAAUGCAACUUUCACUUACAGAAGUAAAUGUUCAGGGUAUAAUCAUGGUCAUGGUUAAUUGUUUUCAGAAAUUUUUAAAGAGAUGUGCAUUUAUUUUAAUUUGUUAUUUUGGAAUCAGAUAAUCCAGAUUUUACUAUACAUUUGUUGAUAAUCUACUGUUAAUUGAUAAUUAUAUAUGAGGUUUAGAUAAAUAUUUACAAAUUUG